AUGAAGUUCAGAACAAGGGAACUCGACCUCUCCAGGGCUCUCGAUGAGACAUUCCUCCGCAUUGCCGAAAUCGGCCUGCGCGUGCUAGAAGGCGUCUGGUCCAUCAUCAUCAUUGGUUUCAUGGCCGCCGUCAUGAGUGGUCUAGCAGACGCCGAUGCAGAUGUGCCACGGAAAGCCACCGCGACCGUGGUAAUCGCCUGCAUCUGCACCGUCUACGCGGGUAUCACCAUCUUGCCCAUGUUCUUCGGAGGGGCCUUGUUCUUCUCCGUCUCCGCCGUCUUUGAUAUCCUCUUUGUGGCUGCCUGGGCAACCCUGAUCGGUCUGUGGGAUGGCGAUGCUACGGACUCAUGUCGGACCUUCAAGACCAAAUACUUUGAUGGCCGGCCUCCCCGGUCGCUCUUCGACACCGAUUGCAAGCUUGUCAAAGCCAUGUUUGCAUUUAUGAUUGUCAAUCUUUAUCUGCUUCUGCCUCCGCCUCAUCGAGCUCGACUACCCUACCCUCUGGAGAGUCGGUUCACACCCCGAAAACCUCACCAGGCGCGGAAGACAAGCACACUGUGCCUGCUGCAAGCACAACGCGAGCAACCCGUCACCGCACCGGACCUCCACAGCCGAGAGUACCGCGCCAAUGGUGUAAUCUAA